GUUUACGAUAAGUUCUUUAGAUAGAACAAAAAUAUCAAUUAUACACUUGUCACAUUUUUAUUUAUUUGUUAUUAUUUAUUAGCGUUAUACAAUGUAUUCUGUAUAAGUUGUAAGGAAAGAAAUAACAAUGAUAUUUGUUUAACGAAUUGUAUUGUGUAGUGGUGUAGGUAUUGUUGACUUGUGGAUAUACACCUGGAACAAAGCCUAUCUGUGGUACACAUUCAUUCAUGACCUAUGGCCGAACAAGACGAUGAAGAAGGAGAGACAAAGGAUACCGCCCCCCUGUUGGACCUUGACCCCGCUGAGCAGGAGCCAGUCGUGGAGGAGCCACCCAAAGAAGAGACGUUCAGCCAAUACGAUGACGUGGACAAGUGUGCGGUUUCCGGUCUGACUGAAAGAGAAAAGAUGAAAAUGGUGCGCUCGUGGAAAAAAAUAAUCGGAGAAACUCCUCAAGCGUUUAAACAAGCUGGGAUAUCGUUAGUGUUAUGGAUGUUCGACAACGUCCAGGGGAUGCGGGAACGGUUCAGCUACAAGUUCAACCCGUCGGCCACCGAGAGCAACCUGAUCAACGACGACAAGUUCCUCGCCCACACCACCGUCAUCAUCAUGAGCUUCGAGUCCUUCAUCAGCACCAUCAACAAGCCAGCAGAGUUGGACAAAAGGUUCCACUCCAUCGCUGUCUCACACCUCAACAUGAAGCCGUCCAUCGGCAGCAAUUUUUUUGAUUGUUUCGAGAAAAAUUUCCACCUGUAUCUGACACGAGCGCUGAAGGUGGCGGCAGACGACGAAGAUAUCAAGAUAUGGAUGACCUUCAUCUCCCAGUUCUGCAAGGUCGUGCGACAGGAAGAGGCGGGGAUGACCAAAAAGAAACCGUCGACCGGAUGUUGUUUUGGAUUACUUGGCCGUUCUCGGAAGUGAUCUGUUGGCCAGUUCUGACCGCUUAUAUGUAGACUGUCUACAAUUUUUGUAGAGUAGCUUUCAUUUUAGUUGAAAAUAAUCAUUUAAGAAAACAAUUAUAAAGUCACGCUAUAUUAU